AUGCUUGAUAUUCAAACUGCUGGGAAUGCUGUUUGGGACCCAAACUCUCUGCCCCGAAGGAAGAGUAGUAGCACCACCGAAACCGCGACGACUGAUUUACUUCCUCCAUUUCCACUGCUUGCCUCGGAUGAAGAGCGGGAGAGAAAAGCACGGACAUCGAGACCUGGCACAUACCAUGUUGUAGUGGUUCCUGAAAGUUUUUCGCAUCUCCCAGAGUACAUCGAGAAUGGGCCAGGGGAAGAACCAAAAGACAGGCUCUCAAGUUCACUGUCCAGUGUCACAGAAACGGACCAAUUCACCAAUGACCGCGAGGCUGCAGACCCCCAUGUGGUUAUCCUCAAACGGUUCAAAGACGCGAAAAGAUCUCCGUCUUCCCAAUGUCGAAGUCCAGCUCACUCGCCCACAUCCGACCUGUGCGAGUCGUCAUUAUCGGCGGCUACACUAGAUGCAACGUCCCAAGAUACGACAGACGACGACCCAAUGCACGACCCCCUGGAAUCAGAGAAUCAAGAUGCGGUGCUUCUAGCGCAUUUUCGUGAUCUAGUGUGGGUGCAAUUAGUGCCGGCUGGGGGCAUAUUUGAUAUUGCAGGUGGAGAUGUGCUCAGCGCCGAUGUCUUCGAUCGCGAAGCCAUCACUUUCCCUCCCCUCUUUCAUGCGAUGAUGGCGAUUUCUGCGCUCAGCCUCGACCAGAAAAAUGGUGGCCACAAUAUAGAUGGCCUGCGAUAUUAUCACCAGGCGUUUCUAUCCCUACAAAACAGCAUCCGGAGCGACGAAGACCUGCUAUCUGAUGGACUUUUUCUGACGCAUUUCUUGCUCCUGGCGUACGAGCUUGCGGUAGCCGAACUGAACGGUUCAAAUCUAUGGUCCCAUCACGUCUCCCGAAUACUUCAUAUAUCAAGCCUCAGACGCGCAAUGUUUAGGAUAGAGCGCUAUCCCUCAAUCCUCUGGUGGGUGUGCACUGUGGACCUCUACGCUCUUCUCAGCGGAGCGGGAACAGGGUCUUUCGUUCGAGCAGCGAUGGAAAAUUCCGAUCUCUUGCCUGAGCCUGGUCUCUUUCAACUUCCUGUACGAUUGGACGGCUAUCGCAGCGUGUCUCCAGAAGAUGAUCGCCUCCGGGUUCUGUUUCGUCUACACCAUGACACUUUCAUGCUCGCGGCCCGAUUUGGAUUUCUUGCUGCGGAUUCGCGAGGCGUCAGUAUGCCUGUCCCAUAUGCGCAGCAGGACCAGGGACGAAGUGAGGCGGAACAACUUCGUGACGCGCUCUGGAGGGUUUGGGGCUCUCCGGAGGCCCAGUUCAUGGUUCAAGCGCAGGAAACCCUGCCAAGAGCCCUCCAAGAAAUCCUUCGACAGUCGUCUCUGCUUUUCCAUACCUCACUCCUCUUCUCGCAUACUAGUCUCUGGCCCGGACAACACUUGGGACGGGAGGCUGCUUCUGAAGAAGAAAUUCAUCACCACGCAAUAGCCAUUCUCAACCUCGCAGAAUCUACGAUGGCGCGAGGCAAAGAGAUUGGAAGGCGGUUUGUCACAUUUCCCCUCUUUCUGGCGGGAUCCACUGUCUCCUCCAGCGAUGUCAAGAGCAUGGUUCUGGAGAUGCUAUCGGGCCUGGAGGCAGAGGAGUUCGGUCGCAAUGCAGCAACGACACGGUAUAUACUCCAGGUGGUCUAUGAGCGACAAAUGCAGCAGUCUCAGGACGGGGGUCCUGUAUGGGGUAUUGACUGGACAGAUCUUCUUGCUGCACACGGACUACCUCUGGUGACUUUUGGAUGA